AGUUUCAGUCUUCUCCUCCAAAAUCCAAACACAGAAAGAUGACCAUCGCUUCAGCCCAAGAAUUCUGCCUGCAAUUAAUUUCGUCGGCAUUUCAAAGAUGCCGCACGUCGGAGGACCUCUGCAGACUCUCCGUCCAUCUCAAGCGCUCUCCGCCGUCUGAUCCCCGCUCCGUUCAAUUUUCAGUCUCGGAUACCGGCGUGGGGAGCUGCGCAGAGGACUUUGGAGGUUUGAAGCUUCGUAGGGAGGCUUUUGGCGCGCAAAUUUGGGAUGGAUUGCUUUUCGUCACAACCACCGGUAUUGGUGAUGAUCAGAUACAUCAUUACCAGUUCAAUCUGAAAGAAAGUGCGUCAGGGAGACGGUUGACCAGGCUGUCUUCAAAUCCUAAGAAUGGACUCCAAUUCAGUGGGACUGAAGUAUGUCUGUCAAUAUCCGAAAGCAUUGAUGUUUUGCUGGCAGCGUUUAGUUGCUUCUUUCGGAAGAUCCUCAUUUUAAAGAUCCCUAAUGUUUCAAUUGAACUGGUAGUUGAACAAGGGGAUGCUCCUGGAUCUAGAUACGUAAAUGUUUUUCUAGCGAAUGAGGGGAGGACCCCUUUACCUUUUGUAGCUUCAAAUCUUGAACGUUUAAAGUCAGGGGUUGAAGACUACGUUUUUAAGCACAGGAAUACUUUAGGAAAAAAAUGCGAGUCAUGCUUCUCAAGUGGGGAGCAUCUCAAGAUUGGUAGUGGAACAGCAUGCUGCACAGAAAGCCGAAGGUAUCCUGGAUCAGUGAUGGAAGCAGUGAUUGUAAUUAGUGAAAUGUCAGAGGUAGCCAGUACUUGUCCGAGGACAUGUAGCUCGAAAACUGAGGUCUUGUAUUUCAAAGAUUUCACACCUUGCCGAAUCCCUCAAUCCACUCUGAAGGCGUUAACUAGCAUUGACUGGAAAAGUUACGGAUUGAGCUUUGGAAGCGUUGUGGAUCAGGGCGGCUUUGCAUUAGUGGAAUGGGAGAACUUGCCCCCAUCUGUUCAAAUUGAUAUUAUCCUCCACCACUACCACGAGCAAUAUCCAACAGGGCGAAAGACGCGACCUGAUCAGAAUCUCAUUAAAAAAGCAAUUAAGCUUGCAUUGAACGAUUUGAAGGACAAUUACGCUGGAGUUCUUCUAAGUGCCCAUGCCGUCAAGGUCCGUAGCUAUGCCCCCGAUCUCGCGAAAACAAUUUCUAGCCUAAUCUUGUCUUCCAAUGACGCGGACUUCCGAGAAGAAUGCUGUUCUUUUCUUGGAUUGCAGUCUCAAGGAGUUGGAGGUGAAGUCGUUGAAGAUUGUAUAAGGGAAAAGAUCAUUGCGGUAGUAGAAAUGCAUGACAGAGAGCCCCAGAGAAGCAAAGAAAUGCCAACUUUUCUUUUCGAGGAUGAUCACAUGCAGGAAUUAGGGUCUCAAGACGGUGAAUAUGAAGGAGAGGGUGCAUUUGGCUCUAUGGAUAUAUGUUAAAACGCACAUGAGGUGGUGAUUUGCGGUGGUAUUCCAAGUCAAUAACGCAACGUCUGCAUUUGUUUGACGUAUCGACAUUGUAUAGUAAUCAGUGCACGUAAGACGUUCUCUUUUAAAAAGGUUUUAAUAUGUUUUGACAUUAAGACGAUGAUGAUCCCGAACAUAUUGUCC